AUGCAGUUCACUUCCAUCAUCGUUCCCACCGCCCUCUUCCUUGCCUCUGGCUGCCACGCCUGGGCACAGGCUUCCAACGGCGUCUGGGUUGCCAACAACCAGUACCACAACAUCCGUGGCUCCACUGUCCACGAGGCCUGCACUACCAUGAACACCCAGAACAUCCACCCCGGUGGCCAGAAGUGCUCUUACUGGCUCAACGGCAUUGGCGAGAUCUUUGACGGAAAGUGCAAGUACCAGGGCAACUCUGUCCUCUGCGUCAAAUAA